AAAAUAACUCGUCAUCAAUCACAACACAACGCCAUCAUGUCGGACAAGGAAACUUCAACUCUCCAAUCCACCAUCGACGCUGUGUCGGGCACAGUCCAGAGUGCUUGGGGUUCGCUCACAGGCAGCACGAAGGAUCAGGCGGAGGGAGAGCAAAAGAAAGACAUCGCCGAAGCUCGCGAUGAAGUCUCCAAAGCCGGCGCCUCAGUCGGAGGCUUCUCCGUCUCAGCGUCCGGCGUGGCAGCCAACGACCCAAAACGACAAGAAGGCAGCUGGAACCAAACCGUGGGCGCAGGCAAAGAAUUCGUCGGCGGAACCCUCGGUCUCGAAGGGUUGAAGCAAGAAGGUCAGAAACAAAACGAACAAGGCAAGGCCCAGGAAGCGGAAGGCCAGCUCAACGAUUUGGGAUCCGGUAUCAAGGACCGGAUUUCCGGAACUGUGGGCGGUGCUGUUGCGGGUUUGACGGGGGAUCGGGAGGAGCAGGCGAGACGGGAGGCUCAGCAUGAUCAGGGGAAGACUUUGCAGAGGGGGGUGGAGAGUGAGGUGCAGAAGCAGGCGGAGGCGGAGGCGGAGCAGAGGUCUUCGUAGAGGUCAGAAUUCGACAGCAUGAGGAUUACAGAUCGAUGGAGGACAGUACGGAAUACGGAGACUUGAGUUUGGUAAUACCCCGUGGAGGUUUGUGAUUUAGAUGGCUCUUGAGAGAGAGAGGGUCAAGGCUACUGUAGUAUGAUGUUUUCAACUCCAAGAACACACAGUCAUCAACUU